AGGCACUGCUGUUGCCUCAUUUAGUGAUGUGCAGAGGAAAAAAAACUCCUUUUAAGCACUCAAAUAUGUGAAAACACACAGGCCGAAAUGAGAAUACUUCAAACAAAAUUAAAUCAAAUUAAACCUGAAAUGUCAGGUAUCCCAACCCACUGGAACAAUACAGACAACGUGGUACCUGGUAGACAUGGUAUCCCUGCUUUUAAAGUCAGUUUCUUAGACAUGAUUAAAUGAUCUGUUCGGAUUAAAACUAACAGUUCUCAGUACUAACAUUUCUCAGAUUUCUUCACCGAUUUUUUUGCAGACAACUAAAAAUUGUAGUUUGUCUAAAAUCGUGACAACACCUCGGGAUCUGAGCGCUCAUGCAUUUUCCUUAUCUUCUCCUAAAUUAAAGGAGGGGGGGCUAAGAAACAACAGCUUUAGAGUGUAACUAAAUGGACGUGCAAUGUGUGACCUUUCCCGUGGAGCGAUGAGUAAACAGCCGACAUUACUUUGUUGAGGGGGACGUUACAUAUAGUGGAGUAACGAGCCAGACGCUGACGAGCGGUUGUGCGUCUUGGAGAAGGCAGGGACGCAGCAGACGCGCAACGGCGGCAGCAGCAGCAACAGCAGCAGCAUCAGUCUGUUUGGAACCACCGGUUGAGAUCAUUCAACACUCCCAGCACUGACUGUCUGAACGGAUUGUGGGAUACAAAUCGACGACCUCCGCCUCCCCGAAAUCUUUCUGAACAAACGAUGGACGUCCUCCUCGCUCCCUUAAAUAGCCACGAAAGCGUCGGAUGAGUGAAAUCGGAGAUGCUGCGCACCAAAAUCCUGGAGCUUUUUUGAACAGGACUGUGGGUGUGUGCGCGUCGGGCUCGCCGUUACCUCCGGACUGCACUCGCCAACUUCCCCCGCUUUCCAUCAAGUCAUGUCUGAUACAGAGCGAUGGGCAAGUUUGACGACAACGAGAGGAUAAUCCUCAACGUCGGGGGCACCAGGCACGAAACCUACAAAACCACCCUGAAGACCCUGCCGGGGACGCGACUGGCCCUGCUCGCCUCCGACUCGGACAUCGACUCCGUGCUGGAUCAGCUGCAACAAGUCCCCGGCUUCAUCGAGUACAACGCGCGGACCAACGAGUACUUCUUCGACCGCCACCCGGGCGUCUUCGCCUACGUGCUCAACUAUUACCGCACCGGGAAACUCCACUGCCCGGCGGAUGUGUGCGGACCGCUGUUCGAGGAGGAGCUCUCCUUCUGGGGCAUCGAUGAGACGGACGUGGAGCCCUGCUGCUGGAUGACAUACCGGCAGCACCGGGACGCGGAGGAGGCUCUGGACGUGUUCGAGCUCAACGUGGACAACGGGGAUGAGGACGAAGAGAUAGGGAAGAGGCUCGGUAUUGAGGACGUGGCUGCCGACGGUAAUGUCAGCCUGUGGAGGAAGUGGCAGCCGGUGAUCUGGAAUCUAUUCGAGGAUCCCUACUCCUCCAGGGCGGCGAGGUUUAUUGCCUUUGCAUCUCUGUUCUUCAUCCUGGUAUCCAUCACCACCUUCUGCUUGGAGACACAUGAGGCUUUCAAUACUAUCAUCAACAAGACUGACCUGAUGCGGAACAGCAGUUUGCCAGACUCAGGCCCGCAGUAUGAGAUUGAAACUGACCCUGCGCUUACCUACGUGGAGGGAGUUUGUGUGUUUUGGUUCACCAUUGAAUUCCUGGUGCGGGUGACCUUCUGCCCCGUCAAGUUGGAGUUUGUUAAGAGUGUUCUCAACAUCAUCGACUUCGUGGCUAUCUUGCCUUUCUACUUGGAGGUAGGGCUUAGUGGCCUUUCUUCGAAGGCUGCCAAGGAUGUGUUGGGUUUCCUCAGGGUGGUGCGCUUUGUUCGUAUCCUGCGUAUAUUCAAGCUAACACGUCAUUUUGUGGGGUUAAGGGUGCUGGGCCACACAUUACGGGCCAGCACCAAUGAAUUCCUGCUGCUCAUUAUCUUCCUGGCAUUGGGAGUGUUAAUUUUUGCAACCAUGAUCUACUAUGCCGAACGAAUCGGCGCCAAGCCCAAUGACCCCACUGCUAGCAUCCACACCAAGUUCAAGAACAUUCCCAUUGGCUUCUGGUGGGCCGUAGUAACCAUGACAACACUGGGCUAUGGUGACAUGUAUCCAGAGACCUGGUCAGGCAUGGUAGUGGGUGCAUUGUGUGCUUUGGCUGGUGUGCUGACGAUAGCCAUGCCUGUGCCCGUUAUUGUCAAUAACUUUGGGAUGUACUACUCCCUGGCCAUGGCCAAGCAGAAGCUACCCAAGAAGAGGAAGAAACACAUCCCUCAGAUGGUGCAGGGAGGGUCCCCCACCUACUGUAAAGCUGAUCUCAACACCACCUGCAACAGCACUCAAGGUGACCUGUGCCACGUCAAGGGGACCAGGGUAUUAGAACGCAACCGUUCAGUGCUGUCAGCAGACUGCAGUGGGGGCAGUGACUUGACCAUGUCCCCAGAGGAAAGGGUCCCCAUGCGAAGGUCCAGCACUCGGGAACAGGACCGCCGGAGCGGGGGGACAUGCUUCCUGCUCGCUGCUAGUGACUACACCUGCCCUACAGAUGGGGGGCUACGAAAAACAGGCUAUGAGAAAUCCCGGAGCUUAAACAACAUAGCGGGCAUGGCUGGUAAUGCCCUGAGGUUGUCUCCUGUGACCUCGCCCUAUGGAUCACCCUGCCCGCUGCGACGGUCUCGCUCCCCUAUUCCUUCCAUCCUGUGAGAUGUCCCAUCCUGGGCCGCUUUGGCUUAAUUUACCCUUCAUCCUACCGCCAAACAAGCCAACUCCCUUUGGUAUUAUACCUGAACUCUGUUCUAGAUAGUGUGACUAGUGGAUAAGUACUUAACUUUGUAGCUAAGACUAAUGUUAGUGGCUUGGGCAACCUGAGCAUAACUUUCCCCUUUUCCUUGAAGGUACAUGUGCUUAGCUUACAUCCUCAAGUAACUAGUCAGUUCUCCUGUGUUCCCUUUAGUUCAGUAGUGUUGUACUUUAAGACUUGCAAUAAAACAACUGGUGGCUUCAGAGGUAGCAGCCAUAACAUUUAAUAAAAGACAAAAUAAUAAUCAGGGAUAUUAGAUGUUGCUAUAUUUAGAUACCUUGAAAAAGAUGUGCUUCCAAAAAAAAACAAAAAAGAAAAAUAGGAGAAAAAAAGAGAGAGAUGUCACUUCAUUUUUUAACCUCAUACAACUGUGACUUUGUCUUUGGUUUGUUACUUUAUUGUUCGGAAGGAAAUGGGAGGGAUGGGCGUUGGGUUGGAGGAUUGAUUUUUUAGGACUCUGUUUCGACUCACAAGCACACGUCAGUGUGUCAGUCAGCUUUCACCUGCUGCUGGGCCUGUUCAUGUUUUUGCAUGGAUCAUCCUGUAACCAUUGUCUGCAAGCAGCGUGAUGAGGGGAGAAGGGACAAGGCAGACAGUGAGGAGAGAUUAAGGAAAAGGUAUAUAUGUAUGCCUACAUAUAUAUGAAGGAGUGUUUUUUAAUUUAAUAUUAUUAUGUUGGGGUUUAGGGGGCUGUACUCGACUUGCAUUGUGUAUUCAUUUUGCCAUUGGCUUCACUAACAAUCCACCCGGGAGAUUAAAAAACACAGAACGCCAACAGGGUGUUUGUUUUUCUUUGCAUGUACGUUGCUAUUUCUGAUAACUUUAUCCCCACCUCCUUUACGUUUUUUUUCUUCCUUUGAUGGAGUGCCACCAAAGUAUGUUGUGUCUCUGGUUGUUUACUCACAGAUAACUGCAAAGAGGUUGUCUUUACUGGUUUCACACAAGCAGAGAGCAGCGUUCUAUCUUAAUGGCUUGGGGGGGAAGGCACCGCCAUGGUGGAAAGGUAACCUUCUGAAUGAAUAUGAGGGUCACAUUGUAGUGGGUAACCCUCUCACCCUUUUGGUCAUGAAUUAAGAUUUGUGUUAUUGUGUGUGUGUGUGUGUGUGUGUGUGUGUGUGUGUGUGUAUACUAAAACGGGGGUUAUUCAAUAAUCCUAAGAAGAGAUGCCUUUAUGUGGUUGCAGUGUAGACAAGCAUGCAUAAUCGGUUAAUAAUCAGUGGAUAAGUACCACAUUAAUAUUGAGACGUAAGAAUAAUUAGAGUAAACAAAUGGCACCAUCAUCAAGGAGAAAAUCUGGAUUUUGCAUCAUGUUCCACCAGAUUUGAUUUGACAUUUGCAUGAUUUACACCCCAAGAGCAGAUUUGUUUGUUGUUUGCCACUGAUAUAUUUUCCGCUUUUGCUCUUUUAACUGCACAGUUCACAUUUCAUAUCAUCCAUCACCAAACUGCUCUCAAAUCCCAAACCCAGACCAACCCGAAUUCAGUUACGAUAGUUCUCGUAGCAAACCUUAUAUUAAACAGAAGCAGCCUUCAGAUUGUCAUAAUUCAUUCACUUUUGUUCAUGACCAACAUAAAUUGCUUCAAUGCACCAACAGGUGUGGGACAGCAGACAUAACCAUGUGGUAAAGUACUUCAACCAUCCCUAUAAGUGUGUCUAUGUCAGUAGCAGGUGGUUGCUAAGCAACUGGCUCACAGCUAGUCGCAUCUUAGACAUAGCUUGGCAAAAAAGUCAAACAAUUAAAAAGAAGAGCUCUCGCAAACAUUUCUCUUUGUCUGUGCACCAAGUUAUUGAAUCACCCCCAGUUCAACCACUACAAUAUACAGCAGAGCUUUUAUAAUUCUGGAUAUAUGCUGAAAGAGCACCAUAGAUUUGUACUAUGUUCAUAUAUUGAAAAUGGUCAGUCUGUGCAUAGCAAGUUGUUCUGAACUAAUGCUCAGCAAAGACAGAUUAUGCAUUUCUGAUAUUUAGAGAUGUGUUUAUAUUUUAUUUAGACAAUUCAUUUCCUAUUUGAAUGACGGUGGGAUAAGUCAUCAGUAUGAGGACCCAUUGCAGUGGGAGGACCCCCAUUUGGAGCCAUAAGGCCACUCCUGCAGGACAAUAUGGGCGAGGAGGCACACAAAAAAAACCCAUUGACAGCCGCCCAGCCAUCGGCUCAGUGAGCAGAAAAGGAACUUAAAGAUCAAGAAGAAAUCCUUGGAGGACUUCGUUAAGGAUUUUCCUUUUCCUGAUUUUUUUAUUUUGUUUUCCUGUUUUGGAACUGUGGAGGAGAAACAAAGGAGAGCAGAGCAAACUGGACACAUCCUUAAAAGUGACUACAUAGUGUAUAGAUAUUGCUCCUGUAAAUAAAACAACACAGCACAUCUGGGCCAAGCGGCUCCGUCCACACAUCUGUCUUUUGAUGGCGAGUCAGGUAACGAGGCGGUUGGUUGCGCCGUGACACUCAACGUCAAUCACUUUUCUCGCUAUGGUAUCCCUCCUCGCAAUAAGUGUAUUAAGAUGUAUCAGUUGAGGCACUUUGUGUUCUAAAAAUGGAGUGUAUUCAUAUAUGAAAUUCUACAUACAGUAUAUACAGUAUAGAGAGACAAACGUGCUAAGUUGAAUAAAUGUGACAUUAUGGUCAUCUCUGCUUUUGUUUCCCUUGGUAAUUUUCAGUAGGUUAAUUGCUCUGCUGUGUGUUAAUGUGUGUGUGUGUGUGUGUGUGUGUUUAUCCUAAAACUCCAGGGUAAGAUCUGCAGUUUGAAAGGCCAGGUCAGCCGAUACCAAUGAGUGGACUUGAUGCUGUCACUCUUCCAGUUAGUUUUAGCACAAACACGAGACAGAGUUCCCCUGUGAUGCAGUCGCCGUUGUAGAAGUCCCCCCGCCCCGCCUGCCCGCCCGCCGCCGCGCAUUUAACAUGCAACUACCCUGCAUUUGUGCUGCAGAGCUUUGUCUCUUCACAAACCAAAUUACUCUUACCAGACUAUUCCUCAGAACUCCUGGUGACUAAAGAAAAAAAAAACUGCAUAACUUCAUUCUUCCAAACUUUUCCCCUUGUGGGAGUGGAGCAAAAGUGUAGCAGAAUUUUACCAAGUUCUAAAGUGGGACUUCUAGAAUGGCUACAUCUGCACAGUAGCAAUCCCAUGUACCCAAACAAUCAGAUCGGAUUUGCAAUAAGCACCCGAAAACAAAAAGCGCCGAUCCACACUGUGAUUUCAGCAGCCCGUUAAAACAAGAAGGCAAAAGGUGAUCAUGUUGAAAAUGCAGCUCUAGAAGCUGAUGGGAAGGACAGGCAGGUGACACAACUCACCUGACAUGUUAGUUGCAACCUGCAAAGUUGUCGGCUGGUUGUCAAGUGUCACCCAGUACCCACACUCCUCCUCGUGUAGUACACACGCUGCUUUACUCUUUGAACUGACAAAGGGGUACCAUUCUUUGUGUAUUUUUAGGAUGACGAUGUAACUUGAAAAAAAAAAAAAGGUGUUUAUUUUUUUGAAUCCAGAACAUGUAUUUUUGUGUCUUACUGUUAAGUACAUGGCUCUUACCUGUAAAAGUAAUGGUAGUCUGAUGCUGUGCUUCUCCAUCGUGUCCUCAAACUGUCAGGCUUUUGAUCCGCGUUCAUGUUUUGUAUGUUUUACUGUGAGGAAAAUUCUAGUUUCAAGUCUGUAUUUGUGGAGCCUUUUGUUGGCAUUCUAAAGUGCAUGCUGAAAAAAAAAAACAAUCCAUUAUGUCAAAUUGUAAAAAAAAAAAAAAGAUGACAUACUGUAUAUCACGUUCAAAACAAUGUGUAUAGAGUAAAGGUAAAUGCUAUGUGAUAGAUUCACAUAAACUAUUUAUCUUUUAA